AUAAAAGCGAUGGCAUGGCAACACUGUCAACUCCAUGUCUGAGUUUAGCAAAGUGAAAUCGGCGAAAAAAAAUCAUUGUUCAUUGCUCACACGAAAAUACAGUAACUUAUAGUUAAGAAGAUUAUUUUCAUAAAAAGCGAAACCAGAAAAGUCUUUAAAACAUACAACUCAUUUAAAUUUCAACUUUAAACUGAAUAUAUAAGCGAAACCUUAUCAACUGCCCCAAAUGUCCGCAAAUACAGCAUCCACAUCGAAUCCGACGAGAUCGUCUAACUCAACGACGAUGACUUCGCAUAUCUUAAACGCAGCUAGCACCAGUAUGCCCAGCAGACCGGCGGUACGUGCAUUAGCGCUUGAAUACAAGUCACUGCAAGAAGAGCCGGUAGAAGGUUUCCGUGUAAAAUUGCUUAAUGAAGAUAAUCUCUUUGAAUGGGAGGUGGCAAUAUUUGGACCGCCGGAUACACUUUAUCAGGGAGGAUAUUUCAAAGCGCACAUGAAAUUUCCACAAGAUUACCCGUAUUCACCGCCAUCUAUACGCUUCCUGACAAAAGUUUGGCAUCCAAAUGUGUAUGAAAAUGGUGAUCUCUGUAUUUCCAUAUUACAUCCUCCGGUAGAUGAUCCACAAAGUGGAGAACUCCCUUGUGAACGAUGGAAUCCAACACAAAAUGUGCGCACCAUAUUGCUAUCGGUUAUAUCGCUGCUAAAUGAGCCGAACACAUACUCGCCAGCUAAUGUUGAUGCAUCGGUUAUGUACCGGAGGUGGCGUGAUUCGCAGGGAAAGGAUAACGAAUACCCAAGCAUUAUACGAAAACAAGCACAGGCUGCUAAUGCGGAUGCUAUAAGAGAAGGCAUUGUCGUGCCGAUGACACUUGAGGAUUACUGCCUUAAGCCGGCACGUAAAACAUCUACAGAACCGACGCUAGACACAAAUUUCUUUGACGAUGAUUAUGAUUUGGAAACUGAAGACGAUCUACCAACCGACGAUGAUGAUGAAGACGAUGACUAUGACCUUGAUGAAGACAACACAAAUACGAAACGUAAAGAUAAUGGCACCGCGGAUGAAUCUGCUGAUGACAGUGGUAAAGGUGAGACAUCGUAAUCUCACAUUCAAAUGAAUAAUGUUUUAUUUUUUUGCUUCGGAGUGUAAAAUCAAGGUAGAAAAGGCAAAAGAUAAAAUUGUGUGAGAUUUUUUUUUUAAAGAAAGGUCGCAAGAAAUUUUUAUGCAGCGCAUAUGUGGCAACAAAAUUCAGGAAUAAUUUAGCACUUAUGUAGUGUAUAUAUUUAUAAUAAAACAAGAAACAACAAAUGAAAAAAAAAAGAA